AUGUUACUGUGGAAAAUUCCAGGAUUUAAAAACACAUUUUUAAUUGGAAACCUUUUGGAAAUAUUACUGCCACCAGUGCAAUUAUUUUCAUCGAUACGACAAAUAGCAAAAGAAAAAAAUGGCAUUUAUAGAUUUUGGUGCUUUCCUAUUGCUUCUGUUAACAUUUACAAUCCGGAAGAUGUUGAGGUUAUUCUUUCAAGUAUGAAAUAUCAUGAGAAAAGUCAGGCUUAUACAUUUCUAAAACCAUGGUUGCAGGACGGAUUGUUAUUAAGUUCAGGAACAAAAUGGCAGAAUCGCAGAAAGAUUCUAACACCAGCUUUCCACUUCAGUAUACUACGUAGAUAUUAUGCGAGCAUUGUCGAAAACACAAAUCGUCUAGUUGAAUCUCUUGGCAAGAUUGUAGACACGCGCGUUGACAUUGUACCAAUUAUGUCUGACUGUACUCUAAAUAGUAUUUGUGAAUCGAUAAUGGGCACUAAACUUAAUGACAACAAGAUAGGGAAGACUUAUAAGAAUUCAAUACACGAAUUGGGAGCCAUUUUGGUAAAGAGAUUCAUCACAAUCUGUUUCUAUAUAGAUUUUAUUUUUAAUUUAUCUGAAUUGGGAAAGAGACAGAAAAAGUAUCUUGGUAUUAAUCAUAAUUUUACACGUACGAUUAUAAAUGAUCGAAAAAAACAUGUAAAAGAGAAUGGUGUAAAUUUCUUCGAGGAGACGGAAGGUAGAGAUGACGAAUACAGAAUGAUGUAUUCUAAGAAAAAGAGAACAACAAUGUUAGAUUUACUUAUUUUAGCAGAACAAGAGGGUCUUAUCGACACAGUUGGUAUUGAAGAAGAAGUUGACACUUUCAUGUUUGAGGGUCACGACACAACGGCAACUGGGUUGUCAUACUGUCUGAUGUUGUUGGCCAACCAUCCAGAGAUACAGUUUAGGUUGUUGCGUCUUUAUUACCCUUGGAUAUUAUUGUUUUUCAAGGACGAAGUAAUUUUAGAACAAAAAGAAAUAUUUGGUGACACUAAACGAACCGCAACUGUAGACGAUCUUCAUAAGAUGACUUACUUGGAUCGCUGCAUCAAGGAAUCGUUGAGACUUUACCCCCCAGUGCCUUUUAUUAGUAGAUGGUUAAAUGAAUCUGUAACUUUAAGUAAUUACACAGUACCGGCGGGAACAUCUUGUCACAUCCACAUAUACGAUCUGCAUCGUAAUGAACGUUUGUAUCCGAACCCAUCGGUGUUCGAUCCAGACAGAUUUCUACCAGAAAAUGUUGCCAAGCGUCAUCAUUAUGCCUACGUACCUUUUAGUGCGGGCCCAAGGAACUGUAUUGGUCAAAAAUUUGCAAUUAUGGUAAUGAAAUCAAUAGUGUCCGGCAUAAUGAGAAACUUUAGGUUACAUCCAGUGACAACUUGUUCGGACCUACGCUUCCAAGCUGACUUGGUGUUGAGAAACUCCGAACCAGUGUACAUUAAAUUUACAAAGCGAGAAAUUGCUAUUUGAAAAAUAAAGGAAGUUUAUUAACAUAUUUUGACAAGAAUAUUAUA